UCAUAGACAUUCUUGUCUAUCAUCAACUAAACAUUGACUGAAAAGCAAAAAGAUUUGAGGGAUGAAAACAUAACUGUAAUAUUUUUUCUCUUUCCCCUUCUUCUUGUACUGUUUAGUUCCACGUUGUCUGAAGGAAGGUAAAUGCCGCGAUAUUUUUAAUACAUUUGAUAUGUUGAAAUUUCUGUCUGCGCGCACCAACCACUCGACAUUUAUUUUUGAACAUGCUUAUGAUGUCACACCGUAAGGCCAACUCUACUUUGCGAUAAACGUACUGGUACUACAGUUGCUUUAUACUCAAGUACCUAACUACCGAGUUUUAACACGUCAAGUAAUGUCAAGUGGCACAACAUACACGGAUUUUAUUGUGAAUCUAGACUUCGAGUAGUGAAACGUAAAAAAAAUUGCUUUGCAGAAACAUUUUGAGAGAAAACACAGACUGACAGAUGAAAAAUAAUGAUUACUAUGAAAUUGAAGACACACUUUUGAUGAAUGAAACAUUUGAUUAAUGUUUGUUAAUGAAUUAUUUAUUUGAUGACAUCUUAACCAUUUGUAUUCUUCAUUGUAUGAUUAAAUUAUAAAAAUUCGUUCAACUUUUGCAUCUAAAAGACAGAUCAAAUUGGCUUUAAUUAUUAAGAACGUAUGAAGGCUGAAUGUAAUCUUGAAUAAUGAAAUUAAUUUAUUUUUAACUACACUCAGAAUUCACGGAAACAUGGCUACGACAAAUCACUUUAUUAAAUAUUUAAAAAUAAAAAUCAACACUCCAGUAGAAAUGAAUAAGUUAAAUAGAAUAUUCACUGCAAAAAAGAGUUUUAAAAAUGUUUGUAAAUUAAAAACAUUAGAGUAUUCGAUGGUAGUAGUGACUGAAUAAUUAUCAAUUAACACCAUGAAUAAAUCAAACUCAAAUGUCAAUAAAAGUGUUCAAUGCAUCGAUCAUUAUUGUUAUGAUUGUGCUUCUCCAUGUAGCUGUCCUGAAAUUCAAAUCAUGAGAUUGAAAAUUAAUGAAAAAUGCUAUACCUUACAGAGCUUAAUUUACAAUAAUAAAUUAAAUAACAACUCAACAGUUAAAUAUGCAACAAUUAUCGAACCUUAUAACAAUAAAUUAUUAUUUGAAACUGCAGAAUGUUGUGAAAAUGAUUGCAAUAAUUUUCUUGAUGAUAGUAUUGAAUGUCAAAAACAGUUAAAACCAGUAAAUGUGAGAAUAUUUAAUUGUCAAUCAAAAAUUAGAAAUGAUUCACUUAUAAAUAAUAAUCUCCCAACACUGAUGAUGAAAAAGUUUCCUGCACGAAGGUAUUACAUGAACAAAUAUCGUCAUUAUUCAUCAACGAGGAAGAGAAUAAAACCAGGAAAAAUGAAGAUUUAUUCUAUCGGUGAUUAUCUGCGGCACGUGAUAGUAGAGGAUCUUACAUCAACAAUGAUUUCUGACAAGACUAAAGAACAGAUUGCCAAGGACAGGUAUCGAAAAAUCAAAACGUACAUAAAUUAUCGUAGCAGAAUUUUAAACACAUUGUCUAAGGCUGUCUAUUUGAAUAAUUUAUAUGAACGUCAAGUGAUUCCAGAAAUGUCUAGAAGUAAAAAAUACAAGAAAUUUCAAACGAAAUACAGAAAUCAAUGGAAGACUAAUGAAGACAAGAGUAAUAAUUAUUUUAUUUAUAACAAUCAAAACUAUUUUAUCAAUAACAACAGUUACGACUCAAAUACAAGAAAAUUUAUUUAUAAUAUUAAUAAUAAAAAUAAUACUGUUUAUUAUUAUGAUAAUGAUAUUUAUGACAAACAAAUUAGAAGAUAUAAGAGAAAAAAUAGAAGAUUUUAUUUAGAUAAUAAUCAUAUUAUUUCAAGAUCUAGGACUAUAUCUCAGGAAAAUGACAAGACUGACACGAUUACAAGGCAAUUGUUUAAUUGUCAGACUGAAAUUCCAUUAUACUCUAUGGGUGAAAAUAGAAUCGAUAGUACAAAGAAUAAUUAUAGUGAUGAGUGCUCUAAAAUAUGUGGAAAUAGAAUACAAGGAAAUUCCAAUUUUGCUUCUGAUUAUUUUCAUCAAGUUUAUGAAUUUUUGAAAGAACGAAGAAAAGAAGGAAGUCGAGCUUGUGAUUAUCCAAACCAACAAAUACCAGACAAAAAUUCAGGUGAAGAAGCACUUGUGACCCCUGUAGGUGUAAGUGGAUCAGCUGUAACUUGCAGGCUCUACAUUAAAAAUAAUAACAACAAUUAUAAUAAUAAUAACCAUCACAAUCAUAAUAAUAAUCAUAAUAAUAAUAUAAAUAUUAGUAAAAACUAUACGAACAAAUACAACAACAUUCACGACAGGAGUAAUAACGAGAAUUGUCAAGAAAAGCAAGAGGAGAAGAUAAAUCGGGAGAAUCAUGAGAGUUUUUGUCGACUGCAACUUCGAGAUGUGUCGUCAAAACAAGAUAAGCAUUAUUUUAAGCCUCCAAUACCAGUAAAAUAUAAAGUAAAUGCUCAAGAUAUCAGCAAGUACUUUGAUUAUCCAAAAGUUCAGCAAGUUCAGGAUGCUCUAAAUGAGAUUAUUGAAUCUAAGGGCAUAUCUGAUGAUUGUAAUAAAUCACUUGAUGAAAACAGUUUAAACAAUAUGGGCUCAAAUCUAAGUCGUCAUCAUGGCAAAGGUCUUACUGCUGGACGAAGAACUCAAUCCUCUGGUAAUCUCUGUGAUCCUAAGGGUAAAAUUGCAAGUCACGUUAGCAAGAUGUUUGUUCCUUGCUCCAAUUCAUCUACCCAGGAAAGAUACAAAUUUUCCGGUUCGCUACCAAACAACUUGGAUAAUGAUAAAGAUGCUUUUAUCAAAAACUUGUCAGAUAACAACAAUGUGAUAUCAGACACCAUAAGUGGGAAUUUGGGUGGAACUUUACCUUACAAAAAGUCUCAUUAUGAAGUACCAUACUAUGAUAAAUCCACAGUGAAUUUCGACCUCGUUAAAUAUCGCUCACAAAGCUCACUGGAAGGAGAUCCUUGGGAAUAUCAUCAGAACAGCAAAGUUGACUUGGUACGAUGUAAACAUGGCAAUUAUAGUAUAGUGCCUAAAAAUCAACAUGCUGACACUAUCUCUGGAACAAUGGAACCUGCAGAGGGAAGGUAUGAACCUGUUUAUCCAUCCAACAACCGAGUUUGUAGCCACCAUAACGGAACAGACUACCCGACGGAUUUUACGAUGGGCACAUUGCCUAAAAGACGAAUAGACCCAAAGUGGUGUGAUCCAGCGAGCAUUCAAACAAUUCCUCUACCUAGUAGGGAUUCAGAAAAUCCUGACAGAGUCGAUAGGAAUUUCUUGACAAAAGAAUUACAGGCUCCUAAGCCACCUGCACGUCUCGACCAGAUUAAAUACCAAACACCUGAGAGAAGUAACUCAACUGAGCUUAAGAAAACUAGCAGACCUGUCGGAUGUGAACAUCAAGCUGACCAGGGAUAUGCUUCCGAACGAUCACCAGAAGAAGAACAUCUACCAUCUUUGGCAGAGCCAUUUGUUUUCGAUGCAAAUCCAGAAAACACGUUCCGGGUGACCUUGCAAAAAACUAGUCGUGGGCUUGGAUUAAGUGUUUCUGGUGGCGGUACAGCAGGCCCGAUUAGAGUAAAAAGACUAUUCCCUCAACAGCCAGCGGCACUUUCAAACAAACUUCAACCUGGUGAUAUUCUUCUAGCAGCAAAUGGCAUUCCUCUCUCUGACUUAACCAAUUACGAAGCAUUGGAAGUUCUUCGAACUACGUCAAGUACAGUUGAGCUACUUGUUUGUCGAUUGCCAGGAGAGACAAGUAUUACACCUCCUGGAGCACCUCCAACACCUCCAGCACGCCGAGAACCACUGCCACAACCUCGUAUUUUUAAUCCUGUUCCUCCGCUUCAUAUCGAACCUUGUGGUGAAUUCGAUAUCGAGAUGACGAAGGUUGGUGGAAGCCUAGGAUUUACUUUGAGGAAAGUUGAUAGCAGCGCUUUGGGGCAUUACGUAAGGGCAUUGGUGAGAGAGCCAGCUUUAAGCGAUGGACGAAUUCAACCUGGUGAUAAAAUAGUUGCGGUUGAUGGUGCUCCUCUUUCUCCAAUGAGCCAUGAAGAAGCUGUUGCGUUACUUAGACAAUGUGGUCCUAAAGUAAAACUACGGCUUUACCGUGAUUUAGCACAGACUCCAGUAUCUGCAUUGUCUCCAACAGAGUCUGAUCAUCCCUUACGUCCACCUCGUACAAGUUUAAGAAAAGAAGCAGUAGAUAUGCUGUGUGAUUUGGCAAUUCGAAAAUUAUCUCCAAACGUAUCAGACGGCUCUCAGCCUGUCAAUAAUCCCCAAAAUGCUCCCAGCUCAUCCAGCUCACCACGGCGAUUGAGAAGACCACCAUCACGAACAACUUUAUUGGAUGAAAAAAGUGAUAACAACGAUCAAUCACUCACCAACGAAAGUUUAGAAGAAAAGUUUCAUACUAAUCACGAUAAUGCUUCAAUUGAUCAUGAUAUACAUGAAGUUGAUUGUGUCAGUAAUAGCAUGAAAUUGUCACGACCUAAAGUUCUAAACGUGAUGGCAUCUAACGAAAAGUCUGAACUCCAAAAAACUCUGAAAGAUUCAGAGUACCAAGAGACAAAUGCAAAUGAUAAUGUGAAUGCUUGCCGUAUGAAUUUGAAUGGAAGAAUAGAUUAUUAUGAAUGUCAUGAGAGAAAUAUGUUAUUUAAUGAUAUGCAGGAUAAUAAUUUACCGUCCGAGCCUGUAUCAAUGCCACCGAUAGUAUCAUUUACCCAAACUACAAACGAUGACACUUUUAGUUAUAAAAACCCAGCCUAUCAAAGUGUCAAUCCAACUUGUAGUAAAAAUGAUAACGAUAAUGGAAAAGCCAAAGACAAAACAUCAUCAUAUUCUAGCGAUCAAAAUAUUGCAGGAAAAAUUCCAAGUGCUGAAGAUCCAGUUGGUUGCAAAAGCUUGCUCAAGUGGAAAGGUGUUAUGUUUGCUCCAGACGAUAAAACUGAUAAUGGAGAGAAUUUUAAGGAAAGGGAGAACUCCAGGAAUAAUAAUUUUCUCCCAAAGGAAAAUAUUCAUCGAGAAGAUUGCGAGAUAUUCAUGGUUGAGUUGACGCGUGGUUGGAAUAGCCGAUUAGGAUUCAGCUUGCAGCCUACACCUGAUAAUAAAUCAACGAUAAUUUCUAUGGUUCAUCCAGACAGUGUGGCAGCAAAAGACGGGCGAUUAAAACAAGGCGAUAUAUUAGUUAUGAUAAAUGAUGAGAGUGUAGAAAAUACACCAACUAGUGAAAUAAUAGAUUUAUUAAGAAAAAUUCGAGGUUCUAUUGGUAUAACUGUGGCGCGAAAGAAAAACCAAAAAACAGACAAAUCAUUAGAGAAGGUAUAGUAAAAUUAAAUCAUCAUCGAGCUUAGAAUAUAUAUGAAGAAAAAGAUAAAAUUUUUCUUUAUUUUUUUCAAAACUAUCAAAUCAAAUAAAUGAGCUAUUAAAUCAUAUAAAA